CAAUGGUUUCAGUUUAUUAUUAUUUUUAGGUGUGUACUGUGGUAAACAAAUAUUAGCAGGUGGUUUUUAAAUUUUCAAAAUGACCGUACAAAAAAACGAUUAUCCUAAAGCACCUAAUACUCUUGUGCAUGGAGCACUUUUAACGUACAUUGCGGGAUUAUUACUUCUUAUUGCUUUUUGCAGUCCCUACUGGGUCCAGUCAUUUCAUGAUACUUAUUCAAGUUUCAAGCACAUGGGUUUGUGGGAGUAUUGCUUCGAUAGUUUUCGCUACCCGUACUAUCAAUUUGACCAUCUUUUCAAUGGGUGUCAUCAUAUUUUCAGCCAGGAAUACUAUGUGAUUCGAGAAUGGUUAUUACCACCAUGGCUCAUGUUUGUUCAGGCAUUCGUUACAAUUGGUUUUUUGUUAAGUUUUGGUUCACAAAUCUUAAUGGCAUUGCAACUAUGUCGAUGGCCUUUAGAAUUUGUUCUACAGUAUGAAUGGAUUUUAACAGCAAUAGACUUUAUCUGCACAGCAAUUACAAGUGUGCUACUAUUUCUUGCUGUUGCUGUUUUUGGUGGUUCUCAUUUUCGAAGAGACUGGCUCAUGUAUCCUAACUGGAACUAUCUCAGCUGGUCUUAUGGUUUGGCUGUGAUUUCAUUCUUUUUCCACGGAUUUGCAGCUCUUUUAUUGUAUCGCGCAGCAAAGCAAAGUUACGAGAAGAGACGCGAAGCACGAAAUUUAAUUAUGCAAAUGCAUCCUGAACAACAGUCAACAUGGUAGAACACCUUAUUUCAUUACAGACAUAUAAAAACGGAUAUUUUUUAUAUUUAUAGCCCUUCUGCGCAAUUAAGUUCUAAGUUUAUGAUUAUGUUAUAUUAAUACUGUAUGUUUAAAAAAUGUAGAUUAAUGGCUUUGAUGCUUUUAAGCACGCGCAAAUUAUAUAGAUGGCCUGUUUUGUUAUGCUUGCAGCAAUUAGGGGAUUCUAAAAAGAACCUGACGAAUUGAAGUUUUGAAGGGAGCGUUUGUUAUAAUAUUAUUUACGGUUUUUUCAAUUACCUUUUUCUUUUAUAUUUUAAAUUUCAA